AUGUCGUACGGUUCUGAUCACAUGGCCUCGGCCACUGGGUAUGGACAUCCUUCUAUCGCGAGACCGAGUGCGAAUCAACCCAAGACCUCUGAUGUCGAUACCCUCCCGACGGUCAAAAGAUCUAGCCGUGGCCAUCGGCUGUCUAUGCUUCCACGUCCCAAUAUCGGUAGUACAGCGUCCCCAACUACGCCAGUGUCUGCCGCAUCUUCGCAAAAUUCCACCCAACGAUCAUUCUCGUCGGUCUCAAGUCCAGAGACGAAUCCCUCGCUGUUUGUUGCUGGACAACAAUUGCCUCUGAAACGAGUGCGGAAUGUCUUGCGAAGAAGAGCACCCACAAUAGGCCAACAUGUGGAGCAAUCCCAGUCCAACAAGCUCAGCCUCGUCAUUCCCCAGGGCUCUCAAGACAACAUGAACAAUGUCCCUGCAUAUCAACCAGCACCCACACCCCCGACGCAAUCUGCCACCCCAUACAACCCGAGUCAAAAGAACAAUAGUAAUGCGACCUUGAAUUCGGCGAGUUCCAAAUACAGUGGGCCGAAAGAGCUGGCAAGUCUCAGAACAACAGUUGAUACCCAGAACCUGCCACCUCCCCCCACGCCUUUCUUUUCGGCCAGUAGUCCCUCGACAAGAUACUCGGUGUCUCCAAGCGUUUGGAGUCGAGGCUCAACACCGACGUCACUAUCGUCAUAUUCUCCCGGUAUUGUCCACCCCACCAAGAUCGGUCGUCUGCGGCAGCCGAGCCCUUCUCAGACCAGAUUGCCUGUGUUCUCUCCACCGGUCCACCCAAGCCCUCGCCAGGAAAAGCCAGAGGUCAAAAUCGGGAACCAGCCGAAUACCACCAAGCCCGAAUCGAGACCAGUGCGCGGUAUAAAUGCAGGUAAACUCAAACAAACCAGAUUGGGAUCCGUCGACACCAGAGAUCCCCACGUGCCUGCGGCAAGCAAUCACCCAUUCACUCCCAGCUCCCCAGAAGUUGCAGACAUCGACGUCGCCAAGGCUCGCAGGGAAGUCGAAGAAGCAGAAAGACGUCUGUUUGAUCCGCAAGGGGUAACGGAAUCCCCCGCACGCGCAGCGGAGCCACCACAGACUCCACCACGACCAAGCAGAGACGGAACUCAUCGCUUGGAACUGGAAACAUCCCCUGUUGUCCAAAGCAAUCUGCGAUACAUCAGAUCAACAGGACAUACGAGACGCGAGUCAAUAGAGAAAGUGCUAGCAAGUCAACGACCGACACCAACACCCAAUCAAUCGGCCGCUGCAUCGAUCGACUCGCUACAUUCGAGGGGUCUAUCGCAAGUCCCUUCUCGUGAUGGCCUCUCACCAAUCCUAUCUCGAAAGUCACCUCGGACAUUAACAAAGGAGGCACCGAAAGAGGCUACAGAGCCGAAGAUACCUGUCUCCAAGCGAUUCGGGCUCUUCUCCAAAAAGUCCAAGCCAGACUUGGCAGAGGCUGCAACUGAACCUCGCCUACCUCGCAAAGGUCCCACGGCUGGAACGGGACAUGAAGGAUAUGGGAAGUAUGGACAACGGGGCCGUAAGGCAAGUGGGAGCAGUAGCAGUGGCACGAGAACGAGAUCAACUAGCACGACUCGAAGUGCAGCCAGCAAGGGGAGUCAGUCAAGUCGUCCGGAGUUGGAAAUCGAUGAUUUUCUCAUGAGCCGUCUUGAACCUGUCAUUAUCAAUGGUGGUGGAAUGGAUGGUGCAUCUUUGUCACGGACGCAAAGUGAGCAAAGUAUGAGCAGUGUGAGCGUCGCAUCUGUUUCUACCCUGCCUCGUCAACUGCUCUCAUACUCGACUGCUCCAUCUACCGAUUCUCUGGCUACGUCAACUGAAACGUCCGGUGAGACUCUCACGCCGGAUCAGUUUGACCGCAUGGCGCGCAACAAGAGCCCCGCAUGUCAACCUAGAACCGGAGGCCGUGUCAAUACGUCGAAGUCACGAAUGCCAGUCCCCAAAGGAAAGAAGCAUGGUGUAUUUUCGAAUCCUCAAGCAUCUGCGACAAGCACAUCUUUGUCAAGCCAACAAUCAAGCACCGUGGCUCCUAGCAUCGUGGCUCCAAGUCAGCCAAGUCGUAUUGUUCAACAGUCUCCAAAGAAGCCAGCUAAGGCUGUAAAGGCCGAGCCACAACACGCCAAGAAAGAGAAAACAUCCAUGUGGAGUUUCUUCCAGAAGAGCCGCAGUCCUGAGCAGAAGACAGCACCUCCGGUCACAGCCCCUCCAACUACCAGGCUUCAUGCGGCCAUCAAACCAGUGUUAAACACUCGGCCUGUUGCCCAUUAUGCUUUGGUAGACACUGAUUCGGAUGAGCUGGAUGAAAUUAUCAAGAAGAUCGAAGACUCGCCACCAACCGAGGAUGAAGAGGUGCUGAAGCCAGUCGAAGUCCCACGAGGCCUGAAUAUAAGAAAGAGAGAGCCCUCGAUCCUGCUGCCUUCCCCACCAAAGAUGCACAGUGAAUUUGAAAAAGACGAUCGCCCAUCACCGCGGACGGCUAUGUUCAACCGCAAUCUAAUGCCCCCAGAGCUUGAAAAAUCGCCCGAGCAAAGACCAAGACGGCUGGCCUCUAUUGGUAGAAUACCCCAGGUAGUUUCAAGACGUGACAGACAUCAUCGGCCGGCCAUGCAAUCUUUCUCCCGGCCCUUCAGUGGCAUCGAGACCCCAGCUCUCACAGUCCCCACAACAGAGACUAUGCGUGAAUCUCCACUCUUAGUGAACGCCACCCCCAAUGUACAAAUGCCAUUCGCUCCUGGAUUCGCGCCUAAUGAGUUUCCUGAGUGGGGUCGCGGAUUCAACCCGACAUUCAGCGCAGCUGAGGAUACUAGUGCUUUGGAAUUUCUUGCUGGGCCCUUUUCGACUUACGAAUUUCUCCAAUUCCCACCGAAGAAAGACUCGACCUCUUCAGAGAGUUCAGGGGCUCUGGCUGCAGUCACGGCCGUUGCACCGGUUCCUGGCUCGCCACCUACUGAGGAUGAAGUGUGGAAUGAGUUUGAUGAUUUGAUUGACCAUGUCUUGUCGCCAGACAAGCCUACGCCUAAGCCAGAAGAGACCAACAAGGACGACGAGACGGAUAGGUUUGAACUCGCAACGAUGGCAAGCAGAGCUCUUCAAGAUGGGUUGAAUAGCGUUCAACCCCAGUCUGUCCCUGGUGGCACUUCGGUCCGAUCGAGUGCCAGUUCGGUUCACCUUCGAAGGUCUCGAAUCGUCUCGGCCCUGCAGUCUUCCACGGCCCCUUCUUCGCAGCCUUCGUAUAGCGAUCUUGCUGCGCCGUAUGGACAUCUGAACGACGAGAUGGAUGACUUGACCGAAUCCACCGAGCCGUCGUCUACCACCGAGAAGCGUCGUGAAAACCAAUCUACAUUUCUAAACUCGCUUGCUGCUGUUCCCUCUCCCCGGCCCAAGGUCCACCGCCAACAAGAGCCCGGCUCUUCAGAGCAUGAGUGGGAUGCAGUCACAAGCACUAAUAUGCGUUCGGCCUCGAUGAUGACAAGUCGUUGGUUAUCUUUUGGUCGAGUCCUUUUCAGCCCGGCACAAAAUCACGUUAAAGCGGGAGCCCAAGGCCGGAUACUUGUGAUCGAUGGAUUGGGAAAUGAUGACUGGUCUUUCUACUGCUCAUUAACAUACCCUGACGCAGAGAUAUACAGUCUCAGCGGACCCCCUGUCUCAACAUCGGCUCCUCACCCUGCCGCAUGGCAGCCUCCCACCAACCAUCACACAGUGUACCACGCCGGACUUGGAAACCCACUUCCCUUCCCGAAGGACUACUUCACAGUGGUCGUUCUUCGAUUCCCUGCGGUAUGCUCCGAGGCCGUCCAAGGCAACAUUGUCCAAGAAUGCAAGCGCGUCCUCCGCACAGGCGGGUAUCUAGAAAUGACCCUCCUCGACCGCGACAUGGUCAACAUGGGACCACAAACACGCAAAGCAAUCCGCCAACUGAAAGAAAUGACCUGUCUCUCUGAUUCCACGCUCUGCCUCAAACCCACAAGCGAUAGCAUCCAACGCGAAAUCGGCGCCCAAGGCUUCGACAGUCUCCGUCGCUGCAUCGUCCGCAUCCCAGUAGCAGGAGUUGUCCUCCGAUCUUCAGACUCCUCUUCCUCAACCCAUUCUUUCUCAACUCCAUCAACCGCAUUCCCCAUCCCAACCAUCUCAGUCACAAACCCAGGAACCAGCCCAGUCCCAACCUACCAAUCCCCAGAUGCAAACAUAUCCCUCGGCGACCUCCUCUCCGACCCCUCCCCCUCCCCCGCAAAUGACGAAUCAAUCGCCAAGAUCGUCGCCCGCGUCGGAAGAUGGUGGUACUCCAAAUGCUACGAAGACCCCAUUUCACACCCCAGAUCAAUCUGGGACGACCGCAAACUCCUCCGAGAGUGCCAGAAGCGCGGAACUGGUUUCCGCAUGUUUAUUGCAUAUGCUCAGAAACCGAGCCAGGUUCCUAGGCGCACGGCGAGUGUGUAA